AUGGCCUUUGCACUGCUGCUUCGACUGGCGUGCGCGUGCGUUUUCUAUGUUACAGUCUGCGACGCAAAGCUAUGUCGUGGUGCUCAUGACUUGAAGGCCGAAUACGACUAUGUUGUCGUGGGAGGAGGCACGAGCGGUCUGGUAGUUGCGAACAGGCUCACUGAGAAUCCCCACGGCAAGUCAUCAUCUAAAGUUCUCAAUGUGCUCGUAAUCGAACUGGGUGAUGUGGACGAUGGCUCUCCUGGAACUCUCGUGCCUGGCAUCCAGACUCCACAGAAGUACUGGCACACAUACACCAGCGUACCUCAAAAGGGGCUCAACAAUCGGACGAGUCAGCUUUACACUGGCGAGGUAGUCGGUGGUGGUACAGUCAUCAAUGGCAUGUUCUUCAAUCGAGGCUCGGCGCUCGAUUACGACGCUUGGGAGGAGUUGGGAAAUCCUGGAUGGGGAUGGGAGGACUUACUACCUUACUUCAAGAAGAGCGAAACAUACUCACCAGCGACGCCGCAGAUUCAAGCACAGUAUCCAGCGUCCCCAGAUCUUCGACCACAUGGCACGCGGGGGCCUGUAGGAUCGAGCUAUCCUCCCUUUUCCUUCGAUCAGAUCAGAAACUGGUUCAGUGGCUGGGCUUCACUAGGGGUAUUAGUAAAUCCACAACCUAACGCUGGUAUGGCUGUUGGGGCGAUACACUCCUCGCUAUCUCUGGCACAGCCAAAUGUAUCACGCAGCUCAGCCGCCGAUGCAUAUUUCAGAGGCGAGGCAAGUCAACGAGAGAACUUUGACUCGCUCACGGCACAUCGAGUGGUCCAGAUCUUAUUCGAAGGUAAGACGGCUUCAGGAGUCGAAUACGCGCCGCGAAAUGGUUCACAGACAAGCCACGUCAAAGUCAGCAGGGAAGUCAUCGUUGCAGCUGGCGCUGCUCGUAGUCCUCAGCUGCUGCAGCUGUCGGGAAUAGGCCCUCGAGAACUCCUGACUGGCCUCGAUAUCCCUCUGGUGAAAGAGCUCCCAGGAGUUGGCUACAACUUCCAGGACCAACCUUCGUACUACAUCGCCUUGAACUUGACGAAAUUGAGCGGUCCAAUUCCAGCCUGGGUGGAUCCGACAUCUGAUGUCUAUCACGAAAAGUAUGCUGAACAGCAGCUUGCGCUAUACUACGCCGACAGAGAAGGCGCUUACACAAUGCCCUAUCAAGCCGGGAGUGAUGUUGCGUUUCUGCCAUUGAAGAACGUCACAUCGGACUAUGCGAAGGUCAUUGACCACGCCAAGACGAUCGAUAUCGAUGAUAUAUCACCUAGUGGAACAGACCCAAGCAUCAUUCGUGGCCACAAGGCUCAAGUGAACAUUCUUCUGCGGCAUUAUGCAUCGCGAGACACUGCGGUGCAUGAGUCGACGUUCAACGGCUCCCCACUAAUGAUUAUUGUUGCCUUGAAGCCACUUAGCCGGGGCUCUAUACUCAUUAAUUCGACUGAUCCGAAAACUGAUCCACAGGUCGACUUCGGCACCUUCACGCACCCAACGGAUGUUGACGUUCUGGUUGCAUCUUUGAAGAAGAUUCGGGAGCUGUUGAACUCCCCAGCUAUGCAAGAGCUCGGAGCGAUCGAGCUGAGCCCUGGUCACAGCGUCCAGAGCGAUGCUGAAAUUGCGGCAGCACUCAUAAACAGCACGCUUAGCUCGUGGCAACACCCAGUCGGCACGCUGGCCAUGAUGCCCGAAGACCUUGGUGGCGUGCUUGAUCCAGAGCUGAGAGUCUAUGGUAUUGAAGGGCUGCGUGUCGUCGAUGCAUCGAUGAUGCCGAUCAUCCCGGCAAGCCACACGAGCUCGACCGUGUACGCCGUGGCAGAGAAGGCUGCUGAUCUCAUCAAGGCGUCACAAUCGGAAAGCGGACAGUACAGAUGA